GUUUUCAAAGCUGGCAACUCGAAACGACAACUUUGACUUUGAGGUUAGCAAAACAGCACGAAGCGCGCAAAUAAUUGUAAAUAAAGUUACCAAGAUUAUUAAAUAAUCUAAUUAUCAAAUCAUUUAAAAUGCGUUUUUCAAUUAAACAUGCAACCCUCGGUAGUGAACGUGUUGGUACGUUAACAGGAUUUACGAAAUCUCCGGCCACAGUUAUUGAAACCCCGACAGCAGCUCUGUUUACUCAGGGUGGCAGUGUGCUGCAUCUCACAGCAGAAGUGUUAGCUAAAGUAUUUUCUACUCCACAACUGUUAUGGGUGCCUGUUUCAAACUCUCUACAACUGGAACCUGGUAUGAAGGCUCAAGGAGAAGGUGUGGCUAAGUUUGUUGGCCUCCCUCAACAUUUAACUUGUGUAUCAGCACACAACAUGAAUGAAGUUACACCUUCAGGGCAUUUUGAACUUGAAAAAGUACCUCUUUGGACCAAAAAUGGAAAGAAAAUGGUUAAUGCAGACAGAUAUAUGGAUUUGAUGGAAGUAUACAAACCAGAAAUAAUUUUGGCGAUUGCAGAUGGCCGGACAGCACUUAACGAGGGAUACAAAAGAAUCAUGAAGUCCCUGGACAGAAGCUGUAAUAUGCUGGAUACUUGCGUGUAUCGAUAUAAGGCCUCAAAGCAGUUUCGAUAUAGUGCCCUAAUUGGUGUAAUAGUAGCAACGGGGAUGCCAAAGAGAUGUAAUGAGAGUAUAGAACAUAUAUUAAAGUACAAAGAUGAUCUUACCGGAGUAGCUUUAGCAGGUCUAACCGAUGGAACUGAUGAAGCCAAUUAUUUGGCAUUGGCAAGAAUAGAAAGUAUUUUAAAAACUGUUAGUGAUAAAUUACCAAAAGACUUAUUACGAGUAAUAGAAGGCUGUUGGAAUCCAGCAGUUAUAGUAGCAGCGAUAGAACAAGGAUGGGAUCUGUUCGACGGGUCCUACCCCACGAAAUUGAGCAAUGCGGGUCAUGCAUUGACGCUAAACUUCGACAUAAAUCGAUAUAGCGCCGAACCAUGGAUCUUAGAUCUGAAUGACGUAAGAUAUAAGGAAGAUUUUACUCCCAUAUUAGAAGGGUGUGAAUGUUUAACUUGUAAGAAACACACUAGAGCGUAUAUCCGCCAUUUGUUGAACACAAGGGAGAUGCUCUCUUCUGUUUUAUUAAGUAUCCACAACCUCCACCACUUCGAUCAGAUGUUUGUCCACGCCCGGCAGCACAUCGCAGCGAACACAUUCCAGAUAUACAAAACUCAUAUCACCAAACAAUACGAAUCCUACAAACUACCUCAAGCAACCAAUGGUUUCACCGACCUCAAAGAAAGUGACAUAAAAAUGAACGGAACUACGAACAUUAAGAAAAGAUUGCGCGUGAGUGACGAUGAGAUUACUAGUCCAGUAGUUAAUGGUAUUGUAUAUUAGCAUAAUGUUUAGAACAGUAGAAUAAAUUAGAAUUAGUUCUAGAACAUUCUACGUAGUACCUCGUUUACCCAGUGUAAUUACACACCCGUGUAUGUUUAAUGGUUCGCGAAUAUGAUUAUGCGAUGAUUAAAAUAAUACUAAGUAAUUUAAUUGAAAUUUUAAAUUCUGUUUUUACAUGAGUAACAUUUUAAUUAUUUAUACUAUUUAUUUGUUUGAU